AUGGGCCCCUGUACCGCCUCCUCAUGCUGCUGCCAGGCCCGUAAUCUGCCAUGGGCCCCCGUACCGACUCCUCAUGCUGCUGCCAGGCCCGUAAUCUGUCAUGGGCCCCUGUACCACCUCCUCAUGCUGCUGCCAGGUCCAGAGUGUGUCAUGGGUCCCUGUACGGCCUCCCAUUGCUGCUGUCUCCAUCGCCACACUCUGCCAUGUGCCACUUUCAGGUCUCCUCACACUGCUGGUGGUUUCCAUUUUUGUCAUAGGGUGCUGUAUGGCCUCCCAUUGCUGCUGCCUCCACCGCCACACUGUGGCUCCACACUCUGGUUUUGGCCCCGUGACUGCCCAAAUGAGUGAAGUGUGCGGUGAUUCUAAGAUCGACGGCACUCAUCUACUCAUCUGCAUGUCAUACUGACUGUCAGUAUUAUUUCUCUUCCCCAGCAGACUCCAAGGGCAUUUAAAUUAAAGGUACAGUGUUCUGCACUAAUAUAA